AUGCAGCCAGCUUGGUAACUAAGUCUUUAGGAAAAGUUUUAGGUUUUAUCAACAGAUAGUUUAUUCCUGGCUACAAUUUAAUACAAAGAUACGGGAAAGGAUCUUAUGCAGCAAUAUCUGCUUGUACAGAUGGUAAUUGGUAAAGGAUUUGCUCUUGAAUUAGCUAGAAGAGGUUUCAAUCUUGUCAUGCUAAUUAGAAAUGUUAAGAAAGGGGAAGCUUUGGCAGAAGAAAUAAGAAAAACAAUUAAUAAAGAAAUAGAUAUUUAAAUUGUAGAAGUAGAUUUCUAAGCAAUUUAAAACCCAGGAGCUAUUGAAGCUAUUGUAGAGAAAGUCAAAGGAUUAGAUAUAAGCAUUUUAGUAAACAAUGUCGGAUACCUUAUUGGUGGAUCAUUUGAAAAAUAAACUUAUUCUUAGAUAAAUAAUAUAAUCUCAAUGAAUGUAGGAGCAUAAGCUUUAUUAACUAGAGGAUUAAUUAGCUAAUUAUUGAAUAGAAAACAAAAAAGUGCAAUAAUUAAUCUUUCUAGCAUGUCUAGUUACCUUAUAUUUGCAGGUUUUGCUAUGUAUGGAGGAACCAAAAGUUUUAAUGAUUACUUUAGCAGGUCUUUAUCAGAGGAGUAUAAGGGUAAACUAGAUGUUUUAUCAGUCAAACCAGGUUGGGUUAAUACUCCUAUGACUGAUGGAAUUCCAGGCAAAUUUUUAGAAAUAACACCUGAGUAGUGUGCAAGUAACAUACUAAAAUAGCUUGGAAGAACCAAUCUUACUUUUGGUCACUACAAGCAUGAAAUGACAGCUUUUGUUAAUUACUUGACUAUAGAUAUGAUCAAUAAUUUACAACGUAAAAAUAUGUAAAGUGCUAUCAAGUGA